GUUCAGUAGUACUGAUUCAGGAUGCAUGUGUUGUCGGGGAGGGUGGGCAGGGCUCGGGCAGAUCUUUACUUAGAGUCAUCAGGUAGAAAAGAGGUCUCCUACUUGUUGACUUUGUUCUUCAGUGGGACGGAUAAUCUUCUCCAUUGUUUCCUAGAUAGGUUCAGCCUCUUUAGUCUUUACUCUAGAUGCGCGUGGAGCUUGAUUCUUCCUGUACCAGCUACAGCUUGAGCUCUGCGCGUCCUACUUGCAACAUAUGGAGACGAACAUAUGCCGGCCUAUCAGAUCUAUUUAUCUUUUGCACAUUGUUUGGACUAGUAGUUUGGACCUACGAAUGAUAGCGCCUGGCAGUAUGUCAUGUCUUUUUUGGUGACUCCUCCUGCUCUGUAUUCUUUGCAGUUGGGGGGAAAGUCACCGUUAUCGGGUACUACGGGGCGUCUCUUGGUCAAUGUUUGUAUCCGCCGCUCUUCAUCGAGACGGAGACCUCAGGACCUAGCAGAAGAAAUAGGGGCUGUCUGUUUCCAUAUGUGUCGCAUUAUUGUAGAUGUAAAUCGAGUCCCGCCCUUUACGUUUCUGGACUAGCGAGGAUGGAUGCAUGUAGGGAGUGCCUUUUCAUUCGCUUUUGUUCAUUCUACUCAAGCUUGUUCUUCUUCUUCUAAGGUGAUGAUACUAAGGCCCUUGAAGUUCACUCGCCUGGCCCUGGCUGUGGCUUGUAGUUUCUUCAUGAUGGCACGUGUCCUUGUUUCGAACUUUUCCAACUCUAUUCGAGCUUGAUUGUUCUCAUUGAUGCUAUGUGUAUCUUAGGGAUGCGGGGGGUGAUUAACAUGCUUGUCGUUUAGGGUUGGGACUCGGGAUUGCCGGGCGGGAGGGGGUAUUACUCGGAUUUGACAUUUGCAGUCUUUCUUUCAUAUAUGGAUAUGAGACAAGAACACAACAAUAGUUGACCAGGUGACAACAUCUCAACGAGUUUUUUUUGUACACAUAAGUUUCAAUUUAACAAGUCCAGCGCAUGCAGGGUACACACGAGACAUGGAUACACACGACAACACUCGAGCAUGUGAAAUGAUAAAGCGCAUGGACUUGCGUUGAGAUGGCCCUACAUAAUAGAGAGGUCUUGACCUGCGGGCACCCUAUGCCACUGGUGGUCGAGCCUAGUGGUGCUUCUGGUAGCUCCCGUCGUGCAUGAGCGAGUGUUCGUUCUGAGUCAAUCUGUUCGCAGCAUCGGUUCGCAAGAGCAAGACGAGAUGCUUAAGUUUCUGUCAGUUGGCAUGCUGUUGCUGCCUCGGUUGAGUCCGUGCUCUGUUUUCAGAUCAAUCGUCCGGCUAUGAACGUGCGUAGUCCAAUAGGGUCAAGCGUGCAAGCGCUCAUACUCGUAUCGUACAAUGUGCGUUCUUAACGCGUAUGGCACACAGUAAGAAGUCGUCUGCGCGAGUGCGAUCGGUGUGAGAGAAAGACGCAGGAAUGUACUAACUCUGUUCAACAUCGCUGCAUGAUAGAAGUUGUCACACAGAUGAGUCUGCUCUCUGCGGCUACUCGCUCCUCCUGUUAAACCUCAAGUGUUUCCGUCUCCAACUCCAAUUUCAUGACCUUUGACUUGUUUCUGUUGGGAUCUCUUAUUGUGUCUUAGUCCUUUUUUCAGAUACAGACUCAGUUUCACUUUCAGACUCAGUUUCACUUUCAGACUCACUUUCGCUUUCAGAUUCAGUUUCGCUCUCAGAUUCAGUUUCACUUUCAGAAUCAGUUUCGCUUUGCAGUGGCAGCAGAUGGCAUGAGGUUUUUUUUGCUAUGCUUGUUACAUGUGUGUCUCUUUGCUUAUGGCGAUUCUCCAUCUGUCACUCGCUUAUAGAGCUCGACCAUCGAAAGUAUAGAAACAGAAUGGCUACUACAUAAUCUGCGACUCCGCGCGGCCGUCUGUUCCCAUGCAGCUUUAUCGACUGGGCAAUAUCUCUCCCCAGACAUAGCGUCACCGGCGGUUUCCGCAAGUUUCUCGGCUUGUCAGCUUUGGCAUCUGACCCGAUAGACGAGUGGAGACGUGAUGAGCAGCGACAGCAGGUGAUGGCACAAUUAUAGCUACAGGGGUGCCUGUAUGCCUAGGCUAAGGAAGUCUGCUGAGCCGGUGUAUAUGUAUUGACUGCUGCAGGCGUGUGCCCUAGCCCUAUAGCUAGUUGCAGCCGAUUCGUGCCCGGUGUGAAAAGUGAAAGUGAAUGCUGCUUAUUGGUGCUUGGGCGUACGUUCGACUUCGAGAAUCGAGAUCAAGGCUGAGGCUUGGGGAAGUGAUCGAUGUCUUCCUAUACGCUGGGGAGAGGGAUAUAUAUUUAUAUAGUAGCACUUCGAUGUGGUUGGCAGAUGAGUGGGCUUUUGAGACGGGAGGCAGAAGCAGCUGCUCCAGAUACCGAUGCUCAUUCAGUCCGGGGCCACAACGGCCAUGGACUUCAAGAGCCUUUCACUGGGAGACGCAUGAAUCCUUGCGCGGAGAAACAACAACCCAGUUUCAUGGGGAUAGUGGUGGGGUGAGAUGAAUAAGGAGCGCGGGCUUCGGUGAAAGAGACAAUCUGACUUAGAUCCGGGCGCAACGCGCGGCGACAUGAACAAAGAUGAUCUUAGUAUCAUACACAAAUGACAGAGUCCGCUCGCACUUCGGGCGAGCUGUAGCACGCGGUGGAUCUAAAGCAUUUGCUGGGGCCGCAAUUAAGGCUAAGGCUCUGUGAAAGGAUGCAUAUGCUAGUCCUAUUUUGAUCUAGAUCUACAACUAAAUCAAAUUGCGUUUGCCGCUCCAUUUUCAAAACGAGACCAGUGAUCCUUAUCUUAUGUGCAAUCAAUCGCGCUCCCGCUCGAGAUGCAGGCAUGCGUGGUCGUGUGGCUGGGUGUCGAUGUCCUUGGAUCUCCGUAUGGUGAUAUUAUGCAAAGAAAUGGCAAUCAUUAACAUUAACAUUAUCGUCUCCAUCUCCUACUCCUGUUCAAGUAGAAUUCAAAUCUUUAGAACCUCAGCCUAUAGCUCAUUUCUCCCCUGGUUUGCAUCGUAUGCAUUGGCUGUAGAAGCGUUCGACUGAUCACCUUAUGCCCGGCUCUUACUAUGGUAGGGAGGUGCUUGCCCCCUAGAUACAGAGAUCCUCUUCAUCUCUUUCCUUCAUCUUGCAGCCAGUCUUGAUGCUGGUCGACGGAGUGAAGCACGUCGGGCAGCCCGGGACUGUGGGGGCACUCAUGAAUGGAAAUGGAUUCGAUGCAGAUCGUGAUCAAGAUGUGAAGCUUCACAACAAGGGAUGGCUUAAGGUUAAGAUAGUCCAGCACAGUAGUGAAUAGUCGUUGGAAGUAAGUGAGUAAGUUACUUAUGCACAACUCGUGGCUGAGUGCGUGCGCGUGUGCGUUGCCAUUAGUGAGGAUAAGAAACCGAUGCUGUGAUCACGUCUAUCCUUUUUCUUUAUGCCUCUUGUUUAACGUUAGCAUCGAGCUACUCCUCUGCAAAACUGAAGUCAUCUUACAGCAGGAUGGUGCUGCGUCAGCGACAUCGUGGGCUUCUUCUAGUUUCCAUUAGAUGGGCCGGCAUCUCCGGGCUUAGACUCACUACGGACACGUGGCUUCCCGCUGGGGAAUCAAGACCACUGGGCGAUAGACGUUUCCUUAUGGGUGCGCGAGAGUGUAGAUGCGGAAAGCGUAAGAAUCCAGGGCGUGCCGGCUUCUACGAUGGACAGGGCUGAUGGUCUUUGCCCCAUUGGGUCGAAGGUGCAGCCCGGAAUGCUCGAGAGGCUUUGGUGUGAAUGGAGGAGAAAAAAGAAGCCCCGUUCAUUUUAAGAACAUAAACUCUUUUCCUUAUUUUAUGAGAAAAAAGCUCUCAAUGUACGUUUAGAAGGUUCCUCUUUUGGGUCUUCUUGAUUCUGUUCUGCUCAUGAGAAGAUCUGAAGAUUACCGGUUUGCACUUUGUCAUCAGGGUUGGAUCUGCCUUACAAGGUUCCUUUUUUGGGAACAAUGGGUUCUGGAAUUAAAGAAUGACUCAGAGUUUAUUUAUUCUUUAAUUGCAAAACCCAUUGUUCCCACAAAAGGAACCUUUGAACCCUGAAAGUGUAGCACCUUUAAUCAUACUUUAAACAUCCAAACCAUUUGAGUUGAAUCAUUAGAGAGACAAAGCAGGAACCUUCUAAACUCAAAUGAACAACCUGGAAGAAACUCAAAACAGAAGAAAGGGAGCUAGGCAUCAAGGGACUGAAAGUAGUUAACACUAUCUGUGUCUUAUGUCUUCUCCUCUGAUCUGUGAACUAAAUAUUAACGCAGUUUUUUCUAUUUUACCAUUCUGGUUUUCUAGUCCUCGGGUGUGUAGUCCAGUUUCUAAAGAUGGUGACGCCUAUAGCUAUCGAGAAUCGCUUCUGCGGUGAAGUGGUCGCAGUAGUCAUCUGCUUGAAGAGUUACAAAAUAGAAAUACCAAAGCAGCAUAAGGGGCUUGAAAAUGGAAAAAGCACCAGCCUCACAAAUGCGGAGCUUGAGAGUAAAGUGCUUAGAAUGCAUCAGGAAUUACAUCGAGAGAGAGGCUGAGGGUGAGAGGCCAUUUGAGUGAGACGCUUUCUGCUCCUGGUGGUGAGAGAACUCUGAAAAGCCUGGUUUGCUUUGUAACUUCGAUAAGAAUCUCUAGUAGCACAAUUUCCGCAGCUGUUUCUCUUUUGCAACUUGGGCCUCUAGGCUAAAGUGAAAGAUGCAUGAUAGAGACAGACAGAUGCAAACCAUGAACAGAGUCACGCUCGUGAAUAGCAUCGGACUAGCAUGGAGAUGCUUCGGCUUUCCGCUCAAGGAUGUGCAGUUUUUGCUUCUCUAUCUCUCUAUCUCAGUAUUAAGAUUUCCGACCGUGGAAGACGUGAACGUGCUUCAGCUUGUUAUGUGUUCAUUCCCUCCAUGUCCUGGCCCUGCUACAAGCUGAGAUCAAACAGUCUUGCUCUGCUGAUUUUCUCAAUCUGGUCCGCCGAGAACAUGAAUUUCGAAGGAAAAGUGGUAGCUUCUCACGUACAAGGAUCCUCGUCGUGAUGGUGAAAUUGGUAGUGUGUAAAAGCUGGCUACAGGUAGCACAUUCAUGUUCUGAUCAAGAGAAAUUGGUAUGCGAAUGCAUGACAUUCAACCAUCGCCAUGAGAGAUUUUUCUUAGGUAAAAACCUGCAGUUUUAUGGGUAUCUAUGGUUCUGCUAUGUCAUUUAGCUGGAUCGAGAAGGUUCCUGUUCUGGGGUGAUGUUCGUUUAUACUUUCUUAGUCUGUUCUAAGAUUGUACAGCAACAUGGGUGUUACGCUUCAUAUGGUCUGUGCAUACAACUGGUACUGCUUUUUCUGACAAACUAGAAAAGUCAAAA